CGCGGUGGUGCGUCGCUGGUGGAAAGCGGGAAAGCCUCUCCGAAGCGACCACCCACAGUUCACUGCGGCCUCGCGAGCCGUGUGAGCCACAAUAACGUUGGGCAUUUCGUCUCGUGCCGUUCAGUCGCUCGCUCGGCUACCCUGGAUACACACUCGACUUCUUCCACCAUGUAAACAAAGCGCCGGGGGUGCGUACGCGUCUCCCACACACACGACGUGGAUCUGAGAAACGUCCGCGAUGUAACACGUGACGAGGGAUCCGGGGAUGGAGGCUGCUGUCAAUUGCAAAAAAUGAGAAAGUAAAAGUGACAUUUUUCUGCAAGAAUAAUACGUGGUGCCGAGUGCUAAAAUGGAGGUAUUUCGAACCCAGGACGUGACUUUUUGCUGGCAAGAUCGAUGAUGGUGGAAAGUUCAAUUCCAAUCUGCUAUUCCCGUGAACAUCAUGAUAUUAUUAUGAGUUUACUGAGGUCGGAAGAUGUUUUGCUCAAAGACUGAGGGACUUCAAGCUUCUUCUCUCGGACCGUAACAGCUGUAACAAUCGUUGGAUCCCGAAGAUGUUCCUAUCCGAUAAAUUCAAGAUUGAUGGUCCAACUUUGAUUUUCAUAACAAGUUCGAUCUGCUAGACGUCACGACGAUCGCCUACACGUGUUUCUUCCGAGAGUGUAUACUCAUUAAUCGAAUUAUUAAGUUGGAUAUUUUGCAACAAUUCUCCAUUGACAAGCUUUUAAAUGAAAAAUUCGGAGUUAUCCAAGUUGAAAAAGAUCACGAGAUCCGAAUUUAGCUGAAGCGUUUCUCUCUCUCUCUCUUUCUCUCUCUGUUUAAUCGAAACGAACAAUUCACCAAUCAUUUCUUUCACGCCAUGGCUUUCAUCGGUUUUAUCGUGUGCAUUCGCCGCUCGUAAUCGGUGAUCAAUUGUUGCGACUCCGAUAUUGCGUGACCUUCGGAUAUACAAUCGCCAUUAAACACUUCGAUGAAGUGAUACGUCAUCCUUUCGCCUUCGAAACUAUCGGAUUGUAAUUACAUCCUUUCUGCUGGCGGAGCUAAGACGGAUAUAACGGAUGAGGGGCUACGAGGACCCUGUUUAUACUGGGACGAAUUAAGUACACAGUUAACGGACAUUCGAGAAGAUAAACCCUGUAAACCCCAUCUCCGACGGUUCUGUCGACCACGUGUUUCGUGUGAUCUUCACGGUGGUGUGCGAGUGUUAUGACGAGGUGUAACGGUGUGCGAAGUCUCGAGAUAACGAUGCUUUAAGUGUUUACCGCAAAGUCGGUAGCUAUCUCCCGUUAACACACAUUGGCGAUCUUACACGAUCAUUCACGCGCAUCACGUGUUACCGUCUUCAAAUUCAUCAUCAUUCCCCUAGUUGAAAAGGCGCUCGGAUGUACCCUUUGUGGGGCGGGGAUACCGGACAAUUAACGAAAAUUAUCCGCUUGAUAAUAUUUUCGACGAGAUUAAAUUGAGAUUGAUAGUUUAGGUCAAAGGCAUUAAUAUACAUGUUGUAUAACAAUGACACUCGGUAGAGGUAUCUUGUAAUUAUGCAAACUAUCGGGUACGAUUAUACGCGGCACGUUAUCUGCGCUUCCUAUCUGCGAUGAUCGCAGAUAUGUCAACUAUGUUUGGUAACGUUUUAGUUUUCAGUUCAAAGCGAUAACGCGAGUAGUCAACCGUACACAGGCAUGAUUUCUCAUGACACUGAGCAUAAUAAUAAUUAGCACUUUCGCUACACCAGAAUAUUUCAAGAAAAGAAAACGGUCGAACAAAAUUAUUUUUCUUAACGUAAUUUCUCUACGAAUUUAUAUAAGAAAUUAUUUUAUGUUACUUAUUAUAAAGACUUAUUAUUUGUUUCUCGUCAAUGCAAAAAUUAUUCCUGGUUACGCCACACCGUCGAUCGUAUCUGAUUUAUUCCUAAAGUAGAAUGAUAUAAAUUAAGUAGAAUAAAAAGGAAUCUUCUCGACACAAAAUCAAAAUGGUAAGAGAUAAUUAUUGGAUUCCCUCAUCAAUGCAACAUUGUGAUUUUAAUUUGAAGCAUUGUUGGACACAAUGCUAUCAUAUAAAUAAUUUGAAACAAAUUGUGAUGUUAUAGGUAUAUGAUACUUGGUGGCGAAAGUGUUAAUGCGGUUUCACAAUCUUAUUAACAAUCAUGAUCAGAAAAACACGAACAAAAAUUAUCAUAAACUGCGCCGUCGCAGUGUAAACGAAACAAGCUAUCAAUUCACCGACUCGGCCGCGUGUUUGCGCUAAGACAGGACAAACACAAUUCACUCGUUCGAAUAUAAGCUCAUAAUGAAAUCAAGUGUAUAUCGCACAAUGUCACGUUUUCCCACGAACCUUGCAUUAAACGACGAAGAACUUUACUUUCUUAAACGAACAGCAAAAUGUGAUUAAAUAAUCUCGAUUAACUGAAAGAAACAAUCGAUCGAUAAUGACUGGAGAAAUGAUAAUAAACGUUCGAAUAAUAUCGAGUGUAUAACCGAUGAAGAUGCCGUUACCCGAAAUCUCUAUUAAUCAACGUGAAAAACAUUGUGACAUUAUUUUCGUGCGUCGGAGAAAUUGUCAUGAAAUUGUCAUGCAAAUUGACUUUCUUGCGGCGAAUAGGACGCGCCGGGAGUGACUCGGAAUCGGGGAACGAGCGUAGGAACUUGCAAGGUUAUCGUUGCAUGAAGACACUUUAAAAUCUGUGAAAAAUGUGCCGCAUGAAAAUCCCAUUUGGACGUCAGUUCGGAAUUCGGAAGAAAAUUCUAGUCUGUGACUGUCCAAAAUAACCAGCAACAGCAAAAUAUAAGGAGAGAAACUUUGCUGCAAUCAUGAUUAUGAUCGCAAGGAAAAUCUAUAUAAACGGACAAUCAUUAGCUCAAGAAGACCCAAGUAUACGAAGCGCCUAGAAGCUCAAGUACCAAUUUACCCAAGUAGUUUAACAGAGCUUAUUUUCCGAAAUGCACUCUCGCCUAAUUUCCUUAUUUUGUAUCUUACUGACAAGUGAGUCACAUAAAACUCCGAAGUAAAUCAUCUUAGAUGGAGCAAAUUAAGAACCUCGCGAUCUACAACGUCGCCUAGGCGGAACCAUAACUCGACUUUUGUAAAUGGAUCGAUCGCAGCACGUCAGCUAUAUCAAGGAAGAAGCGGAAGAAGGCGAGAAAGAAGUCGUCGAACGACGGUAGCCAGUCGAAACGUAAGAAAAACCCCGAGUUCCUCAAGAUGAGCUUCAACGAGACGGAUGCGAACAGCACCGCGAACAAUUCCCUUCUCGACACCGGCCAACGAAACAUCGAGGACGUCCUCCUGCUAACUUUCAAAGCCUUCAUUAUGAUAUUCAUCAUCCUCUGCGCGAUCCUCGGCAAUCUAUUGGUCAUCGUCUCGGUGAUGAGGCAUCGCAAGCUCCGGGUGAUCACCAAUUACUUCGUGGUCUCGCUGGCCCUGGCGGACAUGCUAGUGGCGUUGUUCGCCAUGACGUUCAACGCUUCCGUGGAACUUUUCGGACGUUGGUUAUUCGGGUAUUUCAUGUGCGACGUGUGGAACUCGCUGGACGUCUUCUUCAGCACCGUCAGCAUCCUCCACCUUUGCUGCAUCAGCGUCGACAGAUAUUACGCGAUCGUCCAGCCGUUGGACUAUCCGUUAAUCAUGACGAACGUGAGACUGGGAACCAUGCUGAGCGUCGUAUGGUGUUCCCCGACUGUUAUGAGCUUCCUACCGAUCUUCGCGGGGUGGUAUGCUACGAAGGAGCAUCUGGAAGACAGGAGGAACACUCCGGAUCAGUGUUCGUUCGAAGUCAACAAGUUCUAUGCCAUCGUCAGUUCCAGCGUGAGCUUUUGGGUGCCGGGUAUAAUCAUGAUCGCGAUGUACUACAAGAUUUAUCGCGAGGCCGAUCGUCAGGAGCGCAUGCUGUAUCGGAGCAAAGUCGCAGCCGCUCUGCUAAAUAAACAUCUGCAGAUCAACGGGAUAUCGGCCGGUCUGACAUCUCUGCCGACCGUGGACCAAUCGUCGCCGGAGCCGCAACCGGAAGAGCCGCAGAUAACUAGCAGCAGUAAAAUGAAAAGAGAGCGGAAGGCAGCCAGGACGCUCGGCAUCAUCAUGUCAGCGUUUCUGGCUUGUUGGCUGCCUUUCUUCCUUUGGUAUGUCAUCACGGCUCUGUGCGACACGUGCAAGAGCGACAAGGUGGUGGUGGCAACGGUGUUCUGGGUGGGCUAUUUCAACAGCGCCCUGAAUCCGCUGAUCUACGCGUACUUCAAUCGCGAGUUUCGCGCAGCCUUUCGCAAAACCCUCGAAAGCUGCUGCCGCGCGAUCGGACCGGUACGCGAUCUGCGCCAGGUGCAUCGCAAACAGGAUCUCGUGCACAGCAACGCCUCGUCCGAGCUGCACGUCAACAAUCAGUUACGCAAUAGCGAGAUGACCAACGUCCACAUUGAGGCGUGUAUUUGAACGGAUCACGCGAUCCGGCGAGAGUGAAAGUAACGGCGGAGUCCUCGGAACAUCUUCUGAAUAGAGAAAAAAAAUGAGUAGGAUCGAAGCGGCAGGACAGAUAAAAGUCAGGUAUCCCAAAAGUCAGGUAGAUCAAAGAAUUCGUUUCUUCCUUUUCCUAUACAAAAAUGUUUGAUAAUUUGAUAGUUUAAUAAUAUUCUUAUAUUUGUAUGAAAAUGUC